ACCACCAUUUUCGCUAGGGCAUUUUCUCUAGGGUUUUCAGUGGUCGAGCUCCUCUAUAUCUCUGUCUCUGCAGCUCGCUCAAUAACUGAGAGCUCGUAUUUUCUUCGCUUCGCAACCAUGAUUAUUUCAGAGAAGAAUCGCAGAGAGAUCUGCAAGUACCUCUUCCAAGAGGGAGUCUGCUAUGCAAAGAAGGAUUACAAUCUUGCAAAGCACCCAGAGAUCGAUGUCCCAAAUCUGCAGGCGAUUAAGCUCAUGCAAAGCUUUAAAUCCAAGGGUUACGUGCGUGAGACUUUUGCUUGGAUGCACUAUUACUGGUACCUCACCAAUGAUGGAAUUGAGUUUUUGAGGACUUACCUCAAUCUUCCAUCUGAAAUCGUGCCUGCCACCUUGAAGAAAUCUGCCAAACCACCUGGCAGACCAUUUGGUGGCCCACAGGGUGACCGCCCACGUGGCCCACCUCGCUUUGAAGGAGGUUCAAGGUUUGGGGAUCGUGAUGGGUACCGUGGAGGUCCUCGUGGUCCUCCAGGUGAAUUUGGUGGUGAGAAGGGAGGAGCUCCACCAGAUUUCCAGCCCUCUUACAGGGGCCCUGGUGGAAGGCCUGGCUUUGGUCGUGGUGGUGGUGGUGGUAGCUUCGGUGCACCACCUAGCUCUAGUUUUGCUUGAAAAGAUGAUUUUUCUUCAAAGUUUUUGGUUCUCUGAACUAAAAUUUAUGAACCGUUCUAGUGUAGUUGCCAAAUUUGAGUAGUGUAUUUUGAUUUUGAAGUAUGAUGUUGGGAUUAUGAUGAAGAUCUAUAUAAGUUGAGUUCAAUUACUAGCAUGUUCUAAUU